AUGAUAAAUACACUAGAAAGUUUGGCAAAUGAAAUUCUUCUUAUUAUAUUAUCAAAUUUAACAUGUGGAAUUCUUAUUGGUGAAACAGGCCCAUCUUUGAAUAAAUAUCAAUCAAUAUUAUUACCAAUAAUUUCUAAUUCAACUCUUUCUGCUUCUUUACAACGAACUCAUAUUGAUGGAGCAAAAUCAAUUUUUUUUAAUUUGAUAUCUAAAUGGAUUUUUCAAGAAAAAAUUAUUCGUUUUGUUAAUCUUAAAACAUUUAUUCUUACUCGAUGUUGUUUAUCCGAAAUAUUAAUUAAUAAUUUAUCUUUACUUGUUCAAAAUCAAUUGGAUGAACUAAUAUUGACAUUUGAUAAAGAUAUGUUUGAAAAAAUCGAAACUGGUAUUUAUGUUCAAACAGUUUAUGCAUGA